AAUCGGUCUUAUUAUUCUUGGUCGGCGAAGCAUUACAACAGCGAAACUUGUUUAGCAACUGCAAGAAUCAUUUUAGAAAAAGGUCAACAUGAGUUCUAGUUCAGCUUUAUGGUUAUUGCUACUCUGGGGUAAGUUGAAAGCACGUGCACGUGACUUGAUGUUGUUAAUAUCAGAGCUUCCUUUUUUACCAAAGGUUAGACUAAGUUGGAUUAAAUUACGUGUUCCGCUCGUGAUCUUCAUAGUCACCUAUUAGGGACUGUGCAAAAAUUAUCAUGAGGGAGGGGCUGAAAAACUAGAGGCGGGGGCAUUACAUAAAAUUGCUGCCAAGAUCGGGGGGGUGCUCAAAGUAAAAUCAGUCAUUUGACGGAGGGGGGGUCUUAAGUUUUAUUCGAAAUGUAAAUAAAAUUAAACGCAAUAAAAGAUCUUAAUACAGGCAUCAUGAUAGACUGUAACAAAUAUCAAUACGAACAGCUGUUAAACGAUUAUUGAAAAUAUUCCAUCAAAAUGAAAAGCAAACUCACAACUGAUCAAUUUUAACCUGUCUUCUAAUUAAUUGAGCUGAUCCUAUGUAAAGCAAAAAUCAUGAACUUGUUUUUCAGCUUCCCCCAUAAAACAAUGGGAAUCAAACAGAUCUCGUAGACAAGCUUUGUCGGUUUUCGAUGUGAAUAAAAGUAAUGUUUCUUCAUCGACUGAAUCGAUUUGCUGAGUUCCAUAUAAUUAUAUCUGGCUCAUAACAAAGUUCAUCAGGCUUUCCUACCAAGGAUCUAAAUAUAAUGCAAGCUCUUUUUCGUCGGUUAUUUGAAGCGUUCAAUCUCCUGUUCUUUGUUUUUUUUUUUCUCUGCUCCUUUCUCUUUCUGGCUUCAGAAGUUUUGGAUUUUGAGCCAAUGUGGUAAGCUCCCCGGUACUUAGCAAAUGCUGUGUCUAAAUCUUGGGUGGGUGGUGGUGGGGGGGGGGGGGUGCGACGUUAUUUUUAACAUAACAGAGGGGGGUUAGAACUAUUUUUUUUUGGUUUUGGAGGGGGUACUGUGUAAGUUUUUGCUAGAUAAUUCUAGUUUUUCCCCCCUCCUGAUAAUUAUUGCACAGUCCCUUAUCUUCAGUCUUUUAACUAAAACAAGUAAGGCAGAUAUUAAAUAAAUGAGAUUAUAUUUUCACUUAACGAUUGACAAAGUUUUGGCUCAGGCAAAGAUCAUGCAAACAGAUAUGAAAGUACUUUCGAUUUAAGGUUGAUCUUUCUUUCGUUAGCAUAAUAUUUUCAAGCUUUCAUCGAAACAGUUUAUAGGUUAUUCAGUCUUUAAUUCUCUGUGAAUUUACAAAAAAUCAAACGAAUUUAUGAAAUAUAGCUACAAUAGAUUGAUCUGGGAGGGUUUUACAUGCAAAGGGGUCUUCAUGAAUCCAACUUUCUGAACUUUAGCGGGGCCUUUAGUGUCCGGAUGAAAGCGAUAACUAUUAGUAGCAGUUCUUUGCACAAAAUACUGACUAGUUUGAUAGUUCAAAACUUUUGUAUGUAAGAUGAAAGGUAUCGCUUUGCCGUUGCCUGAGAAUAGGUCAUGUACGGAAUGUCAGUACUAAUUAUCGUUGGGCCAUUUCCAGUGCCGGUCUACAGCAGUUUCAAUUAAGUACGCCCUGAAACAGACGGUUGUUAAGUGUUUUACUGAACGAUGUUGUCUAAAAUAAAAGCUGAUAAGAGCCUAUAUCUAAUAACUGUCGGAGACUCGCGAAGGCAGACUAGAGUAUACACUGACAGUUACGUAUUAAUAUGAUGUAUCUAAUUUAUUAUAUAUCGGUAUUGGUUUGCCUGUGAAAGUGAAAGUGUUACGUGGUUUCGUUAAAUUGUUAUUUUAAGCUCUCCCAACAGGAAAUUUGCUUCAUUACACAUCAGGUGGGAAUGAUGUUUUACAUGUUUCUCCGAUCGCAUGAAUCCCUCACUGAACGGGAACUUCCUGUCCGUAUUCUUUUCCCGAGAAGUUCCCUUUCCCGGCGCAUUUCCAGCAAAGUGUAAUCAUGGUAAUAGCUAGACUGUUCACAGGCCAGGCCCACUAUUGCGUUUUGUGCUACGGGCGGCCAUCUUGGAUGAGUUUCAAAUCAACUUAGGGGGAGGGGGACAGUUUGGGAGGAGGCGGGAAAAAUAACUGAAAAGACGUUUUUCUCGCCUACCUUCCCCGACACCCUUAGACACCCUUUAAAGUUAAUAUCAGAUCAUUUUUAUGACAUAUUUUUCAGGUUCUGCCAUAACACGGCAAGAGCGUUCCAUUAGAGGUGAUAUUCAGACGCUGGAUUGUGAUGCAAUCAAAAAGGACCCAAGCAAAUACUAUGAAAUGUAUUGGAGAGUAAAAGGAGCCGACGGAGACAUCGGUUACUGUAACAGAGACAGGAAAUGUUGGAAAACGAAAAGUAAGCUUCUGGAAGACAAGAGGAUUCAGGUUGUAAGCAUUUCCAGUGGCAACUUGACCAUAAACCGCACUUUGCCACAGAAAACCACGGAUCACAAUGUGACCAUUGCAUGUGAAGUGCACACAACUGACAACAAAAUCCAUAUAUCUGAAGUCACGAUCGAGAGUAAGUAAGACUAUACACAGAAUUUUUAAUAAUGAUGAUGAUGAUAAUGAUAAUGAUAAUGAUAAUGAUAAUGGUAAUAACAAUAACAAUAACAAUAACAAUAACAAUAAUGAUUGGUAAAAUGAUGUCACAGGAUUGUCAUCGAGGUAAAGGGAACUUAAGCUUGGCUUGGGUGGAUGUUAAGAAGGCCUAUGACUAUCCGUUGAUCACAAGUGGCUAAACGAGAUUAUGGAAUUACACCGGUUCCCCAGCUAGCUCUGUGGGGCGAUCCGGAACCUCUUUGCAAACUAGAAUACCAGAAUCGCAGUUCCUACAAAGCAGGGGAAUGAGACUUCCUCGACCAUCAGAUUCAGUGAGAGUCUGCCCGAGGGAAAGGCACUUUGCCCGCGUCUCGUCACUUUAUGUCUAAAACCCGGUUACCUGGAAACUAAAUGUUACCUAGGGGUAUAGGCUUUCUACGCUUAUAGGGACUAAGGUGACCCCCUUGCUGUAUGUAGACGCCUUAAAGUGUUCGCUUCAUCAGAGAGCAAGCUGAGCAGGGUACAACGAUCAACCAGUGCCAGUAUGCAGGAUAGGUUAAUACUGAUCUCCAUCUCCAAAAUGACGUUGACACAUCAUGAUUCACAAAAGUAAUUCUCUACAAUGGGAGGAACCGCUUUGACUACCAAUACUGAUUAGGGUUAAGCCCUGAGAAUAGUAUUGUAUUUUUCCUCAAAAAGAAAUAAUUUACAUUAUAAUGAUACUUUUUGCGGCUUAGUCCAUUCCUUUUCUUCGUGCUGUAUACUGUUCAUAUGUAUUACAUGUAUUGUUCAUCGAAGUCAUUCAUUGAACAUUUGGCUAUAGCUAGUCCAGGAAUUUUUUCGUCUUGAUAUAUCCUUUGCAAAAGGCUCAACCUCGGGUUCAAGAUAUUCUUUAAAACAUCGAUUCUUAUAAAAGACCAUGAACUGCCGCUGGGCUUAACAAAGUCAAACUGUGUUCUGCGCGAGGGUGUGUUGUCAGUUAUUUCAUUAAAACCUCGAUUCUUAUAGAAUAUGCAGUGGUUCUUUUGUAUAAAGAAAAAACCCUGAUUAAAGAAACUUUACAUGUAAAUAAAAUCUGAUAUUUCGUUACAAAUAUAUUCCAAAACGAGAGCAAUCAAAUGCACCCUCCGCUGGUCACAAGUCUGAAAUGCACUCUUCAUUCUGUCCUAUAAAGAGAAGUAACAUACUGAAUCUAUGAUUGUUAAUUUUAGGCCCACAAGCAAGGUCUCCUAAGGUAAGUAGUUCUAACAUUUUUUUUUUCUCUAAAUCUUUAAUUUUCAUAGUGAUGCCGACUCAACAAAAUUUUAAUAUGCAUACUACAAAAAAGUGUCAAGCCAUUUAAGCCACAUGUGUUCGCUUUCAAUGAGAGCUUGGGAAGUAUUGGUAUUGGUAAUCUAGCGAAAGGUAGGAUAUAAUUACAGGCUUAACUUCUUAACUUUGAAACAAAGAGAAUUCAAACCUUAGAAAAUGCAUUCAGUAGUCAAGACACCAUUCCAAGACUUUAUUCCAAAAAUCAGCCAAAUCGAUGAGGUACCCGGUGUCAGGCCAAAGUUCGAAUUUUACAGAAAAUCACUCUUAACACUUACACCUACCGUUCCGCAUAGGUUACUGAUUUGGUUUAAGCCUUUAAGCGUAAACAAAGUUUUUUCCCAAGCAGGGACGUCCAAAUCCAUGGAAGUUUACGAAGUAGAUUUUUUUUCCUUAUAGAAACCUUUGGCGCAACUUUCAGGGACCUUGUCGGAGGCUCGCAACUUCUCUGCAGAUACAUGUAAGAUUUGAGCGUUAAAAUACCUGACAACUGUUAUUAACAGCUAACCGUUUAAAGGGGCUACGUCGCGAGGAUAUAUUGCUGUAAAGUUCAGUGCGUUUACCCAUACACAAAAAGCUCUUUUAGAGUUAGGAAUUUCAUCAGGGAGCACUAAUUACGAUCGUUUUAGGGUGAUUUUUGCAUAAUAGCAUUAAAACGUUAUUUCAAGUUUCAAGCCAUGUUUAUACGCUUGUCAUCCAUAAAAUAAAAACAGACGAUAGGACACAGUUCCAAUGCGUAAAUAUAGUCUUAAAAGACAAAUCUGGACCAUUAGUACUUAUGCAAUUCGAUUGAUGCGAAACCUGAUCGUUUCAGAUUUUCAACUGAGAGAUGGAAAAUAGCACAACUUAGCCCCUUUAACAGGGUCACCCAACGACGGUUUCCUCCUAAAUGCAUUGAAAACACUUUUUCGCUUAUCCAGUGUACUUUCAAAUCUCUAGAAAUGCAUUCUAAGCGGCGCUAUAAAAGUUUUAUUUGUUCGGUCGUCCUAGGGCAACUUGAAUCUUUUCGGUAUUACUUAGGCCUCAGUAUGAUUUUCCCGAAAAUUUUAGAUGCAACUUUAGGUUUUACAAAAGUGAGAAUUUUUCUGAUUCCUGUCUCCAUCGCAUUUUCGAAUCCAAAAAUUUUGGAUUUCCUUUUUCUACGAAAAAUAGGCUAACUUGGGGACUGAAAUGCGAAAAACUUAACUUUAGAAAAUCGUAGGGAAUUUAUUAGAUAAGCGACGAAAACUGUACAUGAAUGGAACGGCCAUCUAGAAAUUUUUAGCCUUCCUCAAGUAAUAGAAAAUUGUAGGCAAUUUUUGCUUCUCCGAACAGAUAUUUUACAGAAAACAGUCGUUGGGUGCCCGUGCUUUAAGCCCUGGUUAACAUGCAGUUUGAACAUAUUUUAAUCUUUUAGUUACCUUUUUUUGCUAGGGCUGUCUGACCUUGAGAAAGAUGAAGCAUUUAAAGGUUUCAAGUCUGAACAGGGGCUAUUGGAAAUAAAUCAACGUGGUGCCUAUUACAUCUAUGCCCAAGUGUUUUUUGAAAUCUACCAAGACGGCCCUGAAUAUCACAACCGUGUGGCAAUAACUGUAAAUGAAGAACCGUUUGCCUUGAUGCAAACAGGGCCCGGAAACAAAGCUGAAAAUGGCAGCGUUUACACAGGUGGAGUUAUCCGGCUGAAAAAGGGCGAUAAGAUCGGCUUGAAAACCGUUUACGAAAGCAGGUUGUGGCUGUCAGCUAAUCAUACCUUCCUCGGUGCAUAUAAAAUUGGAAGGUAUUAA